AUGAAGCCUGCACAGGUGGUUGCAUUGACUCUACUGUCUGUUGUUGCGAUCAGCGCUCAGGUCUUGAGGUUGGGCAAAUGUCCCCAGCCUGCUGUUCAGGCCAACUUUGACGCCAACAGGUACAUUGGAAAAUGGUAUGAGAUCCAUAAGUUACCCACAAGCUUCCAGAAAGGCCAGUGUGCCACUGCUAACUACACCCUGUUGAGUCCUGGAGUCAUCGAGGUCCUGAACACUGAGCUUCUCGAUAAUGGAACCGUUAACGCCAUCGUCGGCUCUGCCAAAGUCAAGAACCCCGCUGAGCCUUCCAAGCUUGAGGUCUCCUUCAACAACUCUCCUCCCGGCCCCUACUGGGUUCUGUCUACCGACUACGACGGUCACUCUCUGGUCUACGGCUGCACCGACUACGGCCUGUUCCGUGUGGAGCUGUCCUGGAUCCUGAGCAGGAAGCCCACCCUCUCUAAGGAGACCCUCGAGAAGCUCCAAGGCAUCCUGUACUCUGUCGGAGUAAGCGUGGAAAACAUGGUCCCCACCAACCAGGACGAGACUUACUGCAGCCCAGUUAACCAGUGAACCAGUUAAGGUACGCUCCUACUUCAGCCCACAGGACUGUGAGGCACAAUGAUUGCAUGCAAAGACAAUGCAACA